AUUGUCGGUGUUAUUUCAACGAGCAUUAAAUAAUCAGUUCUUUUUUAAUUAUUAAAGUGAUUAUUAAAUUAAUUAAAUUGAUAAAAUAGUCGAUUAAAACUGUUACUUUUGGACGAAGAAAAGAUUGAUUAAAGAAAAGAGCAUGCGUUAAGUGGCUACUCUCAUUUUCCUUUUUUUCUUGUUCUUGUUUUCAUUUCGGUUUAGUUGAACACUUACUUUUUAUUUGAUUGUUACAAUCAAUUUACCUUCAUGUUCACAUUUUCUUUUUUUUUAAUUGUGAUUCUAAAUGCAAUUCAAAGUGAUAAUCUUUCUGCCAACAUUUUAACCAAAAUUUUCUAUUCACCAAACACGGCGAACAACAAAAAGCAAACCAACCUCCAUUUUGUUGAUUCUAAAAUUGUGAUCUCUUUCUUGUUCUUUUCUUAUUCUUUUCUCUUGUUACAUAAUAAUCUAUAUAUUGGAUAACAUUGAAGAUACAUCAACAAUCACAACCAAAGGUCUUCACCUUUUUCUCUCUCUCUCUAUAAAUAUUAUCGACCUUUUAUCGACACAAACAAGAACCAACAAAAAAAAGUGGUUAUGUUCACCUUGAUCACUACAAUCUUAAUGUUCUGUUGACAAUCAUCUGAACCUCCAUCAUCUUUACCCUAUCAUCGUCUUCAUCAUCAUGUCCAUCUCAAAGGAUGAUGAGAUUGGUGUCAAUUCUAGGAUAGUUAAAAAAGGAAUCUUAUGGCAACAAAAUGGUUCCAGAAAAGGAUUUAAGAACAUUUUUAAACAUAAAUGGAAACAACGUUAUUUUAUUCUUACCAAUAGUUACAUUGCCUGUUUUAAGAAAAAGAAAAGUAAAAUCUGUGAGAUGGGAUUGUUUCUAUUUAAAUUGUCUCUCACAGAGAUUAAAUCAGUUACCAUGAUCAAUGAUACCCUUAAUAUUAACGCUGAUUCAAUAAUCUUAUGGGAUGGAGAUAAUUCAUUAAUCAUUGAUUGGUUUAAUUGUAUCAAUGAUGCCAAAAAUAGUUGCCUCAAGCGAACCUCAUCAAAUAGUUCACUAAUUAACAGUAAAUCAACACCAGUUCUUGAUACCAAACGUCUAAACCGAAUUUCAGUUUUAUCUGCAUAUGAACGUCGUCUAUCAUCAAUAUCAUCCUCCUCUUCAUCAUCUCACCUUCUUCCAGAUCCACCAACUUUCCCUCGUCUUGCACCACAAUGUAAAGGUGUAAUUAACAGUUCAUCCUCGCACUUCAAUACAACCGGUCCACCAGCCUACCAUUUGAAACCAUGUCCUUUCACCUUAUCCAUAUCACCUUCACUUACACAGCGAUCACUUUACGCCCAGAAGAUACUUUCAUCAACCUCAUCACCCAAUCCAACACCAACCCACUCGAAGUUUUUUCGUCCCUUUAAAUCAUCUUUAACCUCAACAACAUCAUCAUCAUUCCUACAUUAUGCCACUCAACCAAGGUUACAAUCUUCAUCUAAUCUUAAAUCAGCUGCAUCAGAAUUUUCAUUCAUCUCAUUAAGUUCAACUGGUGCAUCUCAAGCAUCAGCACAGGCUAAAGCACAACAACAACAACAACAACAGCAACAACAACAAACACAAGUACUACAGUCAACACCUCAACGUCACUUAAUUAAUUCACAUUCAACUUUACACCAAACUUUACUUCACCAAACACUUUCAAGACACACACCUUCACUGCCAUCAUCUUCUGGUGGACCUCCGUCAUCAUGUCCCUCCGAUUCACCGAGAUUUUUAUCCUCUUCACAAAGUCCUUCUCAUCAUGGUUCUUUUGAUUCAGAUUCACCACCACCACCGCCAGUUCCACCUCCACGAAUUGGUACAACUGAUCGAAGGAUUCGUCCUUGCUCAUAUUAUAUCGAAGCUGCGAAUACCUCAUCAAGCUAUUCUUCAAGUUCCUCCACAUCGGCUGGAACAACAACUUCCAUGACAUUGCCAUCCCAUAAUAGGAAAACAUCACCUCUGGUAGAUAAUUUAAAAACUAGUAAUAACAACACCUUAAAUAAUCACAAUCAUCAUCACCAUCACCUUAACAACAUUAUCAACAAUGAGAAUAAUAAUAAUAAUAAUAAUAUGAACACAUUGAAAUCAGGGACAACCAAGAAAAAAUCUCGAAUGGUUCGUAUCAUUGAAAAUUCAAGUCGACCUUUUCGUUGAUUAAUUUUUAGUCAAAUUAGCGAGAUAAUCAUUUGUAAUUAUCAACGAGAUUAAGAUUUAUAUAGUUUCAGCUUGAUUGUAGUCGAGAACAGGAAAGUAACAAAUCCUGUCGCACUUUCUUGGAUUAAUGACAUUUGGAUUAAGUUACCUUAACGGUACGAGAAAUGAAAGCAUUAAGAAUAUCUAAUAACAUCAAUACCUCGUACUAGUGCCAAGCUUUCAUAUUUACCACCUCCCACUCCUCAUCAGACACUCACAUACACACACUCUCUCAUCCACUACGAGAUUAAGUCAACUUAGAAAGUGAGAUGAUGUUUGAAACCAAAAGAAAUGGAGGAAAAGAGGAGAUGAUGAUUUUCCAAUGCCAAUGAAUUUUGAUCUCUUCGAAUCUUUUUGUACAUUUUACAUUGAAAUUUAUGUAUACACAACAACAAGCCACUCGACUUAUACACUCACUCACUUGCACAUUACCAAGUUUUUGCAAUCUUUUUUGUUGGCCAUCUUUCAUUAUUUAUUUGUUAUUAGUAUUAUCAUGAAAUUCAGUAUGGAAAGUGAAAGGAAUCAAUUAACUGACCACUUCCAAUGGAUUAAAUGGAUUAUCUGUGAAAAAUUUGUUCCAACUUAUGGAUUAACUUUUUUUUUCUUCUCUCUUUCCUUUUCUAUUUCCUCCUUUUCCCAUUUCCUCUUCCUUUUAUCAUGUAAUGUUGAAAUAUUCUGAAUCUACCUUAUUCUUUCUUUGUUAAUGUGUCUCCUCAUCCAACCUUCACCCACUCAAAUCCUUCGGUGUUGAUCAAGGGUAAAAUUCAAUUUACGUACUUACCUUUUUGAUUUGUAAUUCUAGUUCAUCAUUAUGUUCAAUCAUCUGUUUCUUCAAUCAUGUUUCAUGAGAAAUUCUCAGAUUCCCUCUUUCAGAGCGCAACUAAAACAAUAGUCAACCCCUUGUUUCAACUUCCGUUUCCAAGUUAUCUUCUUUAUCCGUUUUAUCAUCUUCCUCAUCAUCUUGAUUAUCAUCAUUUUCAUCUCUCUCUCUCACUUUCAGGCAAAACAAACAAACUGAAACCAAAACUCACUCAAUUUGUGUCAUAAUAACAAUGUAGCAAGAAAGAAAUCAACAAACCAAGGCAGCCAAACAAGCAUAAUAACAUUUCCAUCACCAAUCUCCUUUUCAUAGAUUUGUUUCCCUCCGUAUUAUCAAUUUCAUCUCCAUUGAUUCAGCUAACCAUCUCUCUCUCAUCACCCACAGUCCAUGAUGAAAAUGAUGAUUACAAAAGAUGAAACUCUGGAACAUCAAUGAGGAAAAAAAUGUCAACCUCAAAGACAAAAAUCAUUUCAUCUUCAUUAUUGGUAAAAAUACUAAACAAAAAAAAACGAGACCAAGUAAACUCUUUUUUCAUCCUCAUCUUUCACUCUUUCUGCUCAUACUCAUCCCACCAUCAUCAUCAUCACCCUCUCUCUCACACUCACUCACUCACUCGCCCACACCAUCAGAAUUGACCCUUGCAAAUUAAAUCACAAGGAGGAAGUAACUAGGAAAAGUUAUAUUAAUGUACAAAUGUAACCUCUUUUUUUGUGUAUAUAAAUUGAUGUAUAAAAACAAAGACAAACCAAAAUAAUAAUAACACUAAAUGAAAUUAAAUCACUUGAAAA